AUGUUUAAUAGUAAUCUUAAUUGGGAUGGAAUACCAACAAAAAUUAAACGAGCUAUUGAAACAAGUCUUGAACAUUUAGAUGAACAUAAAUUUAUAUUACAUGAUACAAAUAUAGAAUUUAUUGAUGAUUAUUGUUGGGAUUUAAUUGCAUGCCAUUUAAAACAACUUCUUUAUAUGAAUUUGGCACAUAAUAAACUUAAAAAUUUACCAUCGCAUAUUUCAAAUCUGAUACAUUUACAAACGCUUAAUGUGACGAAUAAUCAUCUUGAGAAAUUACCACCAGCAAUAAUUUCACUUUCUCAUUUACGAAUUCUUAAACUUGGUCAUAAUCAUCUUUGUUCAUUACCUCGUUCAUUUGGUUCACUUAAAUCUCUUGAAAUUCUCGAUUUAACUGGCAAUGAUUUAAAUGAAGAUAGUUUAACGAAUGACUUCUUUCAAUUAACUGGUCAGUCAUGUGGUUCAUAUUAUAAUGACUGUCGUGGCUUACCAACUUAUGCAAUUAUUGGUAUUGUUGGUAUAAGUAUCGCUAUCUUAUCAAUAUGCAUUCGAUGUUGUGUGCAAUUAAAUUCUAAUAAUACGCGGCAAACACCACCAGCGGUACCAAUAUCAAUACAAAAUCCAGGACAUAGACGAGCCCAAGUUUAUGUAACGAGAAAUAAUAUGACCGCACGAUCAUCAACUAUUGUUCCAGUUCACUGUAUUAGAGAAGAUGCUCCUCCAUCUUAUGCUGCAGCUACUUCAUCAACUACAGAACUUCCGAAAUAUUAA